AUGGCCGGCCAGAGCAACAAAGAACUCCUGACCUUGGACGAUCUGGAGACUGCUCUGGCUUCUGAUACCAAGAUCAAGCUCGCAGGCAUUGACAUAGAUGGAAUCCUUCGGGGUAAGCUGGUCUCGAAGAAGAAGUUCCUCUCGGUCGCGAAAGAUGGGUUUGGAUUUUGCAGUGUCGUCUUCGGUUGGGAUAUGCACGAUCUGACUUACUUCCGGGAGUUGAAGAUAAGCAAUAAAGAGAAUGGAUACAAAGAUCUGGUCGCAAAGAUAGACCUCAGCAGUUACCGGCGCAUCCCAUGGGAGGACAACGUGCCUUUCUUCCUCGUCAGCUUCUACGAUCCCGACACGAACCAACCUAUCAGCGCGUGUCCCAGGAGUCUUUUGCGGACUGCGGUCCAGAAGCUACACAAGGCUGGCUAUGGAGCCAUGGCUGGCGCCGAGUAUGAGUUCUUCACGUUCAGAGCUCCUAAAGACCCCUCGAUACAAUCGACUCAUCUAUCAUCUGCAACCACAGCUCCCUACCUUCAGACCAACCCCGUCGAGGCUCUCCCACACCUCACCCAGGGCAUGUUCGGUUACUCACUGACCGAUCCGAUCCACAACCAAGACUGGUUCUACAGCAUCUUUGACGCUUGUGAAAAGUUCAAAUGCAAUGUCGAAGGUUGGCACACAGAGUCUGGGCCUGGGGUGUUCGAGGCUGCGCUCGAGUUUGGUGAAAUUACCGAGAUGGCGGACAGAGCAAGUCUCUUCAAAUACGUUGUCAAGGCAAUGGGCAGCAAAUAUGGCAUCACUCCGACGUUCAUGGCGAAGCCCAAGCAGGGUCUUCCGGGCAACAGCGGGCACGUACAUUGUUCAAUUGUCGACAAGUCGGGAAAGAAUUUGUUUUACCGGGGCGAGAAGGACCCAAAUCCACCGUACAAAGACCUCGAAUACGUCUCAGAUCUAGGUCGACAAUUCCUCGCUGGACUGCUGGACGGUCUCGCCGAUGUGAUGCCAUUGAUCGCGCCGACAGUAAACUCAUACAAGCGGCUGGUGGAGAAUUUCUGGGCUCCAGUCACCGUCUCCUGGGGUCUAGAGCAUCGAGCAGCAUCAAUCAGACUUAUUGCACCUCCCACGGCAUCAGCAAAGGCAACAAGAUUUGAAAUCAGAGUCUGUGGUGCUGAUUCAAACCCUUCCCUGGUGCUUGCCACAAUUGUUGCUCUGGGUUGGAGAGGUAUCGAGAAGAAGAUGGAAAUCCCGCUUCCUCCUCUCAGUAAAGGGGAGGAUGUUGGAGGUAGCAGCGACAAAGGCGAGAGAUUGCCAAAAAACCUCAGAGACAGUACCGCAAGAUUUAUGGCCAAAGACAGUGUGGCCCGGGAAGUCUUCGGGGACGAAUUCGUCGAACACUACGGAGGUACGAGAGAACAUGAAUGCAGAUUAUGGGAUGAAGCCGUGACCGAUUGGGAGGUUAGGAGGUAUAUCGAGACUGUUUAA